AUCAUUGAUGACGGAAUCCUGGGAAUAAAGCGUGGACAUAAAUAGGCCAGCAUGACCUGAGGUUCUGUCAAACAUCUGAGCAGCAGUUUGUGAGCAGAGUUGUCUUUACUGGUGCACACAUGCAUGGAAGUAAACUUAACGCAUUUGUUAAUACACAGGAACCUCUUUGCAAUGCUGGGCCCACGGUACCUGAAUGUCUGGAUGGAAUCUUAAUCCUAAAGGGAGGUUUCAUUGUGACAGAACCUUGACAUACAUACUGUAUAAAUCUAAUUAAUGGCAUAGAUCUAAUGUGACGAUCAAACCCAUCAUCUGCUUCUCUUCACCUCCACUUUGCCUUUCUGCCCUUUACUCAGUACAGCUGUCAUGCACGGUGCUGUCUGAAUGAAGACCUUUUCAGAAUCAGAAUCAGAAAAGCUUUAUUGCCAGGUUCUGAAGAGAGCACUUUACAGGACAAGGAAUUUGACUUGGUGCAAAAAAAAGUACAAACAGUACAACAUGACAUGGUAAAAGUACAACAUACAACAUGACAUGGUAAAAGUACAACAUAGAACAUGACAUGGUAAAAGUACAACAAACAACAUGACAUGGUAAAAGUACAACAAACAACAUGACAUGGUAAAAGUACAACAAACAACAUGACAUGGUAAAAGUACAACAAACAACAUGACAUGGUACUUGAAUAGUGCAAUUGAGGAUAAAUUUGGUAAAUUUUGGUUUAUUCAGCAGGCCAUAAUGUCCUCUGUCCCAAAAGCCCAAAACAAGGUGUUGAACCCCCCUUUUGUAAUUAUACCUUAAAUAAAAGAGACACAAACAGUUGAGACCUUUUAGGAUUUUUUCUUUACUUUUACUUUACUGCUGCAGUUUACAGCAAAGGCAACUUCCUCUCACUAAAGACGGAACAGAGGGCAGCUUAGUUUUAACCUGGAGCGGAGCGUGGUCAGCGUUCGGGGGGAAUAUUCAAGCAUCAAGCACAUCAAGGACAAAGAUGCUACAAACAGGUACUCCCUGUUCUUGAUGAGCACAGCUAACGAGGUUACAGCGAAUUAGCAGAAUAGGUUUCAGUGAUUAAAUGCAAUGUUUUUCUAACACAAGGCUGUGAGGACAGCACACACACAUCCUAUUCAUCACACUAUGAAGAGUUCACUGUGACUUUGAUGGUUCCACAUGUAAAAUGAAACCAAGCCAUGAUUUGAAUAGUUAGUUUGAAGGUCGGUCGCAUAAUUACAGCAUUAGUCAAAUAGAAAUGCAUUAAUGUAAAAUAUUGUGGAGCCACAUAAACAUGAACAUUAUUGUUAUUAAGGUGGAGCUUUUACUUCAUUCAAUUACAUGCUGUGAUUUUAAUGUGAUGAGACAUCAGGGACGUGUUGGAAGUGAGACAUAAGAAGAUAAAGGUUAUUCCUUUGUCUUUGGUGUUUGUUUGCUGGGCCUCUGGGUUCAUGACCCGAGUCCCUGCUUUACAUCCGAACAAACUGUUGAUUCAAAUCAGUCAUUUCCAUCAGAGUCUGAACCAAACGAAGCUGAACUGAUUCAUCUGCAUGUUCGUUUAUAGGCUCCAUAAUGACCUGCACUGGCUCCGUCUGCAAGAGAGGGGGGGUUAUAACCAGUUGUGACUGUCUCAUAGACACAGCUGGAUCCUGACACGUACAUUGACUCAGGGACUGGGGGUCCAGAGCUGCAGGACUGGGUCCAACCAGAACUUUGCAUUACCUUAUUAUGUGUAAGGUUUUUGCUCGUGACCAGCGAGGUUUUGUGUUCGUCCAUAACAGUUCUGGUGUUUUCAGAGUUCAGUUCUCGGUGAAAAUGAACCAACUCCUGAUUCUGCUGCUGCUGUCAGCCUUCACUGUGUCUGUGUUGGCUGAAGAUGUCACCAGACAUUAUAAAGCCGUUGUCCAGGAGAUGAACUGGGCCGAAGCUCGAAGUUACUGCAGAGCGAAAUUUACCGAACUCGCCUCCAUCCAGGACGCAGCCAGCAACACUGCAGCUCUACCGGUUUCAGGGAAAGGGAGGUUCUGGAUCGGACUCUUCAACACCAGCUGGAGAUGGUCUCUGGGGAACGAGGAUGCUUCUCUGAACUACACCAACUGGGCCCCAUUACAGCCUGAACCCGGGUCCUGUGUGACAGUAUCUGAUUCUGGACUCUGGUCUGUCAGAGACUGUGCGGUGCAGUACAGGUCCUUGUGCUACAGCGCUGCCACCAAUAGUCAGGUCCUGGUCCAGACGCUGAUGAGCUGGGACGACGCCCAGGCAAACUGCAGGUCUCAGUUCACGGACAUGAGCAGCAUCAGGACGGCGGCAGACAACACGCAGGCCUCCAGCCUGUUGUCCAGCCCGGCUCAGCCCACAGCACUUUCAUCUGGAACCUCAACUCUGCUCAACCGUCCCACCAGCCAGUUGUCCCCUGUCGAAGCCUGGUUCGGGUUGUCCAGGUUCCUCUGGGGCUGGUCGGACAGCAGCACGUUCAACUACAGUCAGUGGGGACAGAACCAGCCCAUUUGGACCUUGAACUGCGUGGCGCUGGACGCGGCAUCAGCUCAGUGGUUCUCCCAGGUCUGCGAGGACAACCUCCCCUUCAUCUGUUACACAGACAGGACAUAUUCAGAUCUGAAGACCGUGAAGGUUCGGCUGAGUGGAGGGCCUGCAGACCCCAACGACUCGGUUCUCCAGGAUUCCAUCCUGCAGCAGCUGAAGCAGAAGCUGCAGGAUGGAGGCGUUGGUGGAACGGAGCUCAGCUGGAGGAGGCGGCCUGACGGGGAGCUUUUCCACAGGGAGGAGGAGGAGAGAGCGCCCCCCUCUGGUUGCAAUCAGAAGGUGAACCUGUGAGUCCUCUAACUGCAUCAGCAGAGUCUGUGUAAACAGCUGAUUGUCAAAAAAGGCAAAUCGCCAUUUUUCUUCUUACACCACUUAUUUUCUCUUUUGCUUCUCUCACAAACAUUCCACUCUGUCCUUUGUAAGUUGUGUGGUACAGUAGCUCAGUACGAACGGAGCAUCGGCCUCCGGCAUCAGGUGUGCCAUUGAGCAAGUCACUUUACACCACUCCCUCAGGGGACGGGUCCAAAUUCAGAAAUAGAUAAAGUAUGUGUAAUCUAAUCUCUAAUAAAUAAUUAACACUAACAUGUCGCUUUCCCUGGAGUUUAUUUCCUUCUCAUCUUUGUUGACUUUUGUAUAUAAAUAAUAGAUUAAAAUAGUUUUC